AUGUAUGAAACCGACAUACCGUCCAUCAAAGUUAAUUUUGGAAACGACGGUGAGCACCUAAUUCAGCCUAUAGGCAUCCAGUUUCCAGCCAAGUAUAGCUACGGUACGGUGGAAAGGCUCCCAGUGAUUUUAAGUUGGGCAUCUACCGUACACAAGAUGCAAGGCUGUACGGUAGACUACGCAGUGGUGUACUUAGGGUCCCGUACUUUUGCGGCUGGACAGGCGUAUGUGGCCUUAAGUAGAGUAAAAUCACCCAAUGGUCUCCAGGUUGAAGAGCUAGAUUGUUCUAAGCUGACAGAUAUAACACCAUGCAAUACAGAUGCAUUGGCCGAGAUGGAUAGGAAGCAGGCUCAUAUGCCCACUUAA